CGGGUGUGGGGCUGGUGGCCCCGCAUAAAACCUGGGGGUGCUGCAGCACCCCCUGUGCCCCCAUUUCCCGCACCUACGUCUGCUGAUUGAGGAAUCGACUUAGCACACGGGCAGAGGUGGGGAAAUGCGUGACUAGAGGGACUCAGAUAAAAUCCGUCCUGUGGGCCGGUCACAUCAGCAACGGCCGCGUUGGGGCCGAUAGGGGAGAUCUUAGAAACUGAUUCCUCCUCCCCAGGGCCUGCCUUGGGCUUUAUAAAACCGCCCAGGCCGAUGUGAUUGGGAGGAAUCAGACAGAGAGCGGGAGGUAAGAACUAUCCUCCUACGUGGCCAUUGUCCCAUUCCCGCCCCGAGCCAGCCAGUGCCCUGCCCUGGGGGCGGAUGGGAGCCGGCGCCCCCUAGAGGGGAAUGUUCCUACGUGGCUGGCUAGUCUGAUAUGGUCAUUUGGGGGUUUUUCAGCUGAAGCCCCUCAGUGAAUUAUUCGGGGCUCGGAUGCCAGGAUGUCCCCAGAGAAAGUCACCCUCCUGCUUUUCACUGCGGCUUGGGCGCUGCCUGCUGGAACCUCAGGGCCCCGCCCCGAUGAGAUCCGCACGGCGGGGGGGAACCCCACCCUGACCUUGGCCUCCAACUCCCUGGACGACAUCUACCGAGGUUGUGUGAAGGCCAUGAAAUGACGCCUCCCAUCCCUGCUGGAAGAGGAGCUGGAGGAGAACCAGCUCUUCCGCGAGGCGUGGGACCAAGCCAAGGAGAUGUGGAUGCAGAUGGAGAACCAAACAAUCUUCCCCAAGACGUUGAGGGCCCUCUACAGCGUCGCCGUCUUGGCCUACACUUUGGAAGAGCCGCCACUCUACGAAUCGUUCAACGUGGCCACCAGAACGACAUGGAAGAGCCCCCAGGCAUAUGCCGGCUUUGCCUUCAAGUCCUUGCAUUUCCUCCUGACCCAGGCGGCCAAGAAGCUAGGGAACCAAGGAGCCCAGUUGUGCCAAAGUCUACCGAGGAACCAAGGUGAAGUUCUCCAUCGAGGGUUUGUUCCGCUUCGGCCAGUUCACGUCCACCUCCGAGAAGAGGCAGAAGGCGGAGGAAUUUGGACGCACGACCUUCUUUGUGCUGGUUCGUGCCAGGGGUUCCCGGUGGGGAAUCUGUCCCGCUUCCCGGGGGGAGAGGAGACGGUGGUGCCGCCCUACGAGAUGUUCCGGGUCACCGGGGUCAAGGAGGCGCCAAGGAAGGAGACGGUGCACGCCAAGUCGGUGGGCGUCUGCAGCAGCCAUAACUGUGCCUACCUGGGGAGAGAAGGAAACAGUACCAUGAGCUGCCCUGAUCACCGAGUGCUGUAUUUGUGAGGUGCUCGCCGCACCGGAGCAAGGAGGGGAAGCAGCAACCCCCUGGGAUGCUUUUAGCCAGGAGCUCUAUCGAGUGUCGUGUGUGUGUGUGUGUGUGUGUGUGUGUGUG